GAUUUACAUGUGGUUACCAUCGGGAAAGAUGAUAUCGCGGCUACCAGUGUCCCAGUUUAGAGUUUAUAUAUUGGGAAGAGUGGAUUUGGUCAGUUUAGAGUGGAGUUGUUAUUUGUCUGUGUGGUGACGUCAUCAAGCAGCUGGUUAGGUUCUGAGAGCUGGGGAGUCUUGAGUAAUUAGAUGAAAGAACCCCCUGCAACUGGAUACUGACAUUUAUAAGGCACCCUUUCCCCGAAUCGAGAACGAAGACUGUGUCGCAAGAGCAGUCAGUUUGUGAGAGGAGUCCUGUGCUAGUUGCAUCUUUUAAUCUUUGACCUUUGGCACACACAACCAAACCAGUCAUUUUAAAGAGUGUCUCAGGUAUGGAUUGGAUAUCUGUGUUCACAUCCUUGGAGGCGGUGUGUAAGGAAAACAUCACUGCUCUGUCUGGGCCUCCUGACUUGCCAUAUGGCGACGUGUCCAGGCGCUUGGUGACAUGCAUGAGAAAGAUUCAGGACCAUGGUCGUGCCCUGGAACCUGUGGUUUCCGGCAUCACUGCAGUCUACCACCACUAUGACUUUGACUCUGAUACCCCUGCGAAUGGGUAUCGCACACUGGUCAAGGUUUUGAAGUCUUGCCUUCUGCACAUCAUCCACAUUGGCCGCUACAUUGCCUCUAACUGCCACAGGGCCUUCUUCAGGGCCGAACACAACGCCUCAGAGAUGGAAGCCUAUGGCAGUGUCCUGUGUCAGCUACGGGCCCUCCUCUACAUUGCCCAGGGAAUGCUCCACGACAACAGUCCCGGGCAGCUGUACGGAGAGCAGGACGGAGAGCUGAGCAGGUGGUUGGUGAGGGAGUAUGCCUCCAUGCACAAGGCCUGCUUCUACGGCCGCUGCCUGGGCUUUCAGUUCUCAUCUUCCCUUCGUCCGAUCCUGCAGUCAUUAAUCAUAAGCAUGGUCUCGUUUGGAGAGAGCUACGAAAAACAGCAUUCCGGGUUAGGCAUGGCAGCAUUCUCCCUCCUUACCUCUGGGAAGUAUGUCAUCGAUCCAGAGCUGAGAGGAGAAGAAUAUGAGCGGAUCACCCAGAACCUGGACAUGAAGUUCUGGAAGUCCUUCUGGAACCUCACCGAAUCAGAGCUUGUAUCGGGCUUUGCCAGUUUAACCUCUACCCUAGUGCAGGUGAACCUCACCCUGACCAUACCCCCUGAACCGCUACUCCUCCCGCUGGUCUCAGACCCCCGUCUCUCUACCCCUGUGUCCCCGCCAGUGGCCCACUGGGGCCCUGGACCUGUCAACAUGCGCCUCAUCUCCUAUGAGCUUCGAGAAGGACAGGACAGUAAAGAGCUGCUAGCCUUCGCUCGUACAGAAGCUCCACCCAUUUCCCUGUCUUUAGUACCGUUUGGUGCCCAGAAGCGACCUCCUUCCCCCUGGCUGUUGAUCCACUUCCAUGGAGGAGGCUUCGUGUCCCAGACCUCCAAAUCCCAUGAGAACUAUCUGAAGAGCUGGUCCAAGGAUCUGAAUGUCCCCAUCCUGUCUGUGGAUUACUCCUUGGCACCUGAGGCCCCCUUUCCCAGAGCCCUGGAGGAGUGCUUCUAUGCCUACUGUUGGGCCCUCAAGAACUGCCAUCUUCUGGGCUCCACUGCUGAGCGUGUGUGUCUGGCUGGGGACAGUGCUGGGGGGAACCUCUGCAUCACUGUGUCCAUGAGGGCCAUUGCCUGCGGUGUGCGCAUCCCUGAUGGAAUUAUGGCUGCAUAUCCUGCUACCCUGCUCACCAUUGAAGCCUCGCCCUCCCGCCUUCUCACCAGCUUUGACCUACUGCUGCCCUUAGGGGUGCUCUCCAAGUGUAUCAACGCCUACACAGGUGUAGACUCUGAGACGGUUCAGCCUACAGAGGGGAUCAGCACGUUGAGCGCUCUAGGUAGAGACACAGCCUCGCUGAUCAGUGACCUCUCACACGGGGCAUCCAAAUGGAUCCAGUCCUUCAUUCCCGCAGAGGUCCUAGGGUCAUGGUCAUCGUCUCACCGGAGGUCCUUGGACAACAAGAACCACCAGAGAUCAGUGUUGCCACCCGACUCCUCCUCAGGCCCCAGGGACUACCCAGAAGGCUUUGAGCCCCUGCGCUCCGAGCGCCUGUCUGUGAUCCAGCCGCAUAGCUGUCCCACCGUCAAGAACCCAUUUGUGUCACCCCUGCUAGCCUCUGACGACUUACUGCGUGGACUACCACAUGUACACUUAGUGGCCUCUGCACUGGAUGCUUUGCUGGAUGACUCUGUGAUGUUUGCCAGGAAACUGCGGAAUAUGGGCCAACCAGUGACCCUAAGGGUAGUGGAAGACCUCCCACAUGGCUUCCUUAGCCUAUCGGGAUACGCAGAGGAGAUAAAGGUGGCCUCCGACAUCUGCAUAGAGCGAAUCAGGGAGGUCUUCCAGCAGACAACUCUGCCUUCCUGUACUCGCAAGUGACCAAUGUUUGAAAGGAAUAAUAAUGGGGCUGACCAUUUGCCUAAUAAAACCGAGGGGAAAACUAAUUGUUGUCCUCACAAAAGUGAAAGAUAACACCCUUGCCUUUCUUGCACCUUUCUGACUAGCACUGACUGAAUGCUGCUUUAUUGAGGAAAACAUUUUCUAAUUAUGAGUGAUAUUUGAAGUUACUGGUUAAAGAGCAUCUGCUGAGAGUGAUGUCAAUGUUCACAGUUUAGUGUUUUUUAGUCCAGGAAAGGGUCAUGUCAUUUGUAAUCAAUUAAAUGUCAUAUUGCCUAAGGUUUGAGAACAAUACUGACACAAAAAUUUCACACAUUUUUAUUGAGUUAAAAACAAAAAAACACUUGAGUGUCAGAGGGCGAGAGAGACGUUGAGUGUCCUGGGAGGCUGUGGCUUUAGCGAGGGGCUUUGUGUGGGCUUGAGGGCGAGAGAGACGUUGAGUGUCCUGGGAGGCUGUGGCUUUAGCGAGGGGCUUUGUGUGGGCUUGAGGGCGAGAGAGACGUUGAGUGUCCUGGGAGGCUGUGGCUUUAGCGAGGGGCUUUGUGUGGGCUUGAGGGCGAGAGAGACGUUGAGUGUCCUGGGAGGCUGUGGCUUUAGCGAGGGGCUUUGUGUGGGCUUAACAACCGUGUCUCCCUGUGGCAGAAAAGACGACACGCUAGACACCUUCACCUCAGGAUUAUGGGGUAAACCUUCCCAUACCUGUCAGCCUCGGACAACAAUAACACAAUGCUGGGAUGUCCUGUAUACCCAACCGUGUACCCUACCAAAAAAAGCCGAUACCAAUUAAUCGGCAGAAUAAAAAAAUAUAUAUAUAUAUAAAUGUAUACAUAUAUUUGUAAUAAUGACAAUUACAACAAUACUGAAUGAACACUUUUAUUUUAACUU